AUACGUGCUGCACAGUGUGACCAUAACUUUAGUGUUAUUUAAAUCAUCAAAACAUAAAGUUUUUCUAUCAGUUUAUCUGUAGACACCCGUAGAACACAAGUCAGAAUCCUUUGACUUAUUUAAGAACAAUUAAUAUCGGUUUUGAACUAUUUCCAAAAGAAGAACCAAACAUGACAAAUAUUUUGAGCCAUAAUAUCACUCAAAUGAUGGAUGUAAACUUUACAAAAAAACUAACAGACGAGGACAAAUUUCAAAUUUAUAUUGAUGAUGUGUUUGGAAAAGUGUAUAUACCGAGCUAUAUCUUCAUAAUUUUGAUGCUUGUCCUAGGAUGUUUUGGUAAUACUACCGUCAUUUACGUUUUCUACUCCAAAUGGCAUAAAACCACGUACAGAGUAUUCAUUAUCGCUCUGGCAAUAUUGGACUUGGUCAAUGUUUUGGUCACAGUUCCUUCUGAACUAUACCUUAUGCAAAAUGCGUUUAAGUUUUCGAAUGAAGUUUUCUGCAAGGUAUCCCGAUUUUGUACUUUCACACUGAAUAUAUCCUCUGCAUUUACUCUGAUAAGUAUUGCAGGAGAUCGAUACUUUAGAGUUUGUCGACCUUUACAAAAGCAGCUGUCUGUGAAGAAAGCUAAAAUAAUUGUUCUGGUCGGAAUAAUUAUUGCCAUAGUGUUUGCAUGGCCCGUUCUUCUUAUGUACGGAACACGCUCUAUAGUCGUACAAGUCGCUCCACAAAUCUUUGUUCCGGGGCAUAUCUGUAUGAUAAACGAUGCUUUCAAGUACACUGCCUAUUCUUUGGUCUUUUCAGCCAUUACGUUAAUAGUCAUGUUCUCUUCCGAUUGUAUCCUUAUCAUAUUAUAUAGUCUCAUUGUUGUAAACAUUCGGAGAAGAGUUGUUUUCAGUUUGAAAACAUCCCGGAUUAAAACGCAAACUGACAAGAAACAAAGAGACAAAGCGGCAGUUGAGAGUAAAGUUCAAAGUGACUUAUUAAAAUCUCUUGGAACACCUACAGAUGUCGAGCUCAAGGGAUAUCCUCAGGAGAAAACAAAUGUGAUUGGAAUGAUGGAUGCGACCGCUUAUGAUAAAAGUGAAAGUUCUGAAAACUGCACUAAAAGCAACUCAAGGGAAAUAAUUUCGAACUCCUCUCAGAAUGAAAAGAUUCAAAGUGAGCGUGUUCAUAAGGUUACCUUGAUGCUCUUUUUGGUCACAGUGAUCUUUAUUUUGUCUUUUUUACCACUCUAUGUAAUAGUAUUUAUUCGCAUUGUACAACCUAAUCAUUACAAUAACCUCACUUUCGAAGGGAAGGCCACUUACAGUUUUUUUCAAAGAUCUUUUAUCAUUAACAUGUGUGCAAAUCCAGUGUUGUACGGGUUUUUAAGUAAAAAAUUCAGAAUGGAAUGUGGAAAUGUAUUAAAACGAUUAUGGAAUUAUUUCCAGAACAAAAAUGUCUUUGGGACAUAAGAAUAUGAUUACCACGCAAUAUUUGCUUAAACAGACAAGUAAAUUGAAAGUUAACUAUACAUGUAAAUCUACUUGUUUAAUUCUUAUAAAUAUUUUUUUUUUUUAAAAUGCUUAUUGAAAUAUUAUGACAAGGAUUUCUAUAGGAAAAAAUACUCCAAACUGCCUAAACUACAAGCCGAUAAAGAUAUAUUAAUAUGCUUGUUUGUAAGAUUAUAAUAAAAGCACAUUGUAUUGUUAAAUUAUAAUAAAAGUACA